AUGGCGCAGCGCGUUUUCAUCGUCACCGGCGGCAACAAAGGCAUUGGCUUCGAAACAGCGAAGAAACUUUGCCGAGAUUUGAAAGGCGAGAACGCAGUUGUUGUAAUUACUUCGAGAGACAAAGAAAAUGGCGUUCAAGCCCUCGCGAAGCUCGCUGCAGAAGGCCUCAAAGCUGAAAUGGAAUUGCUGGAUAUAACAAAGAAAGAAAGUCGGGAAAGUUUUGUGGCGGCGAUAAAGAGCAAGUACGGCCACGUCGAUUCGCUGGUGAACAACGCGGGUUUCGCCUUCAAGAAGGCAGCGACAGAGCCAGUCGCUGUUCAGGCCAAAGUCACCUGCGGCAUCAACUACUACGCAACGAGAGACAUCACCCUAGACAUGAUGGGCCUUUUCAAGCCGGGCUCCCGCAUUGUCAACGUGGCUUCAGCGGCAGGCGAAAUGGCUCUGCAGGAAAUGUCCGCUGAGCUUCGCCACCGCCUAAUGAGCAAAUCUGCGAGGCAAGAGGAUAUCGACAAAGUGGUGGAUGACUUCAUCGUUGCAUGCGAGAAGGGGCAGCAAGAGGGCUGGCCUUCGUCGACUUACGGCCUCUCCAAGGCUGCUGUGAUCGCCCUGACUGCUGCUUGGGCCCGCAAAGCCGACCACUGCCCCUCUAUGGAGGCCUGCAGGGAUAUGGUGAUUACUUGCUGCUGCCCUGGGUGGUGCAAGACGGACUUGGCGGGCUGGGAGGCCCCGCCGCUGACAGCAGCAGAUGGGGCCAACGUGGUGGCGCCUCUGGCCCUCAGCAGCACGAAGCAGCAGCACCACGGCAAGUUU